CAUUGCUGGCAACAAGCAGUCAAAAGAAUGCAGUGACGUAUGCCCAGGCAUCAUGGAAAACAGCCCUCAGUGCAGGAAGACCAUGUUCAAUGACAACUACAGCUACCGCUGCUGGAGCUCCAACCACUGCCAAAAAGAGUGCCCUGAGAAAUGCGGACGGCGAGCGUGCACUGCAGAUGGCAGGUGCUGUCACCCCCAGUGCCUGGGCAGCUGUACGGCCCCCGACAGCGACACAGCGUGUGCCGCCUGCCUGCACUAUUACCACGAGGGGAGCUGUGUGCCCACCUGCCCGGCUGGGACCUACAAGUUCGAGGGCUGGCGCUGCAUCACCGCCGACCUCUGCUCUAAGAUUCAUCUGCCUGACUUUGACAAAUUCGUCAUCCACUCCAGAGAGUGCAUGCCAGACUGCCCCUCCGGCUUUGAGCGCACCGCCCCAGACAGCAUGUUCUGCAGAGCAUGUGAUGGUCUGUGUGAUAAGGUGUGCGAGGAGAAGGUUAUCGACUCCGUGGAUGCUGCCCAGUCGCUUAAAGGCUGCACUGUUAUCAAAGGCAACCUGCACGUCAACAUCCGCCGAGGCCACAACAUGGUGGCCGAGUUGGAGAGCUUCAUGGGGCUGAUCCAGAGGGUGACCGGCUACGUUCGGAUCCGACACUCCCACACCCUGGGGUCCCUGGCCUUCCUCAAGAGCCUGCGCUACAUCGACGGAGAGGAGCUACUAGAUGAUAUGUACGCCUUCUCGGCAUUUGACAACCAACACCUGCAGUACUUGUGGGACUGGAAACAACACAACCUGACCAUCAAGACGGGGAAGCUGUUCUUCAGAGCCAACCCCAAGCUCUGCAUAUCCGAGAUCCGUAAGAUGUGGCAGAAGACCGGUGUCCAGGGAGACUUCGAGCAGAGUGACAUCCGGAACAACGGAGACAGAGCCAGCUGUGAAAGCACCAUCCUUAAGUUUAAGUCCAACAGCACCAGCAGCACAAGGAUCAAACUGACAUGGGAGCGGUACCGACCCCCUGACUACAGAGACCUCAUCAGCUUCAUCGUCUACUACAAGGAGGCGCCUUUCCAGAACAUCACUGAGUUUGAUGGACAGGAUGGCUGUGGCUCCAACAGCUGGAAUAUGGUGGACGUGGAGCUGAGGCAGGACAAGGACACUGACCCUGGAGUGCUACUGUCCAACCUUAAGCCUUGGACCCAGUAUGCUGUGUUUGUGAAGGCUAUCACUCUCAUGGUCGAGGACAAACACAUGCCUGGUGCAAAAAGCAAGUUGGUCUACAUCUGCACCACCCCAGCAGCGCCCUCGAUGCCACUGGAUGUACGAGCUUACUCCAACUCCUCCACCCAGCUGGUGGUUCGCUGGUCUCCCCCUGUCUCCCCCAAUGGAAACCAUACCUACUACCUGCUUCGCUGGCAGCAGCAGGCUGAAGACAGGGAGCUGUAUCAGCACAACUACUGCUCAAAAGAGCUGAAAAUUCCUAUUAGGAUAGCUGCCACGGGUGUGGGAGACCAAGAAGAGGACACAGAACCCACCAAGCCGGACCCCGAUGGGGCCGACAAGGGCCCUUGCUGUCCCUGCCCCAAGUCUGUUGAGGACUUGGAGGCUGAGGCAGCUGACGCCUCCUACCGCAAAGUCUUCGAAAACUUCCUGCACAACUCUAUUUUCACACCUCGUCCUCCAGAUCGUCGUCGUAGAGACCUAUUUGGCGUCGCCAACGCAACCGUCUCCCGCACCAGCCGGCCAUACACCAACACGAGUGCCCCUCCCCUGCAGGCUGCUGGCAACAGUAACAGGAGCACCUCGGACUCAGAGCUGUCAGAACAGGAGUUCGAGUUCCUGGAACAGGCUGUGACAGAGAGGGAACUGCAGAUCUCCGGUCUGCAACCUUUCACCGUCUACCGCAUCGACGUGCAUGCCUGCAAUGAGCAGGUCAGGCGCUGCAGCGCCGCAGAGUUUGUCUUCUCGAGGACCAAACCUGCAGAGAAGGCAGAUGACAUCCCUGGACCAGUGAGCUGGGAGGGGCAAGAGGACUGGGUGGUCCUGCGCUGGCCAGAGCCGCCCCGCCCCAAUGGACUAAUCCUCAUGUAUGAGCUCAAAUUUAGACUGACCGCUGAGACAGAGAAGCAUGAGUGUGUGUCGCGGCAGAUGUACCAGGAGCUGCGUGGAGCGCGGUUGUCCAAUCUCAGCCCUGGGAAUUACUCUGUCUGCAUUAGAGCCACGUCACUCGCCGGGAACGGAUCCUGGACCCAGCCUGUGGCCUUCUAUGUACCUGAACGAUAUGAGAGCUUCCUCUACAUCAUGAUUUUUGUCCCUGUCGCCAUUGUACUCUUCAUUUGCUCCCUGGUCACACUGCUGGUCGUCUUCAACAGGAAACGGAACAGUGACCGGCUGGGGAAUGGCGUCCUCUAUGCAUCAGUCAAUCCGGAGUAUUUCAGCGCAGCAGAGAUGUACGUGCCAGACGAGUGGGAGGUGGCGAGGGACAGGAUUACUCUCAGCAGGGAGCUCGGCCAGGGUUCCUUCGGCAUGGUGUAUGAGGGUAUGGCCAAGGGCGUGGUCAAAGACGAGGCAGAGACCCGCGUCGCCGUCAAGACCGUCAACGAGUCGGCCAGCAUGAGGGAGCGCAUCGAGUUCCUCAACGAGGCCUCCGUCAUGAAGGAGUUCAACUGUCACCACGUGGUACGUCUCCUAGGCGUGGUCUCUCAAGGACAGCCCACCCUGGUCAUCAUGGAGCUCAUGACCCGCGGAGACCUGAAGAGCUACCUGCGCUCACUCCGACCCAAAGAGAUGAUCCAGAUGGCGGGGGAGAUAGCAGACGGGAUGGCCUACCUUAACGCCAACAAGUUUGUCCACAGAGACCUGGCAGCCCGGAACUGUAUGGUCGCCGAGGACUUCACCGUCAAGAUAGGAGACUUCGGUAUGACCAGGGACAUAUAUGAGACAGAUUACUAUCGCAAAGGAGGGAAAGGGCUCCUGCCAGUCCGCUGGAUGUCCCCCGAGUCUUUGAAAGAUGGAGUCUUCACUACCAAUUCAGACGUCUGGUCGUUUGGAGUGGUGCUGUGGGAGGUGGUGACCCUGGCGGAGCAGCCCUACCAGGGGAUGUCGAACGAGCAGGUCCUUCGCUUUGUUAUGGAUGGAGGACUCCUAGAAAAACCACAACACUGUCCUGAUAUGCUGUUUGAGCUCAUGCGGAUGUGUUGGCAGUACAACCCUAAGAUGCGUCCAUCCUUUGUGGAGAUCAUCGGCAGCCUAGCGGAGGAGCUGGAACCCAGCUUCCGGGAGUUCAGCUUCUUCUACAGCGAGGACAACAAAACGCCCGGCGGCCAGGAGCUGGACAUGGACAACAUGGAGAACAUUCCGCUGGACCCGCCCACCUCCGACCACACACUGCAGACCCCGGCCCCGCAGCAGGCACCGCCUUCCCCCAGCUCCAAACCUUCACCUGCCCAAACAGUAGGUGCCGGGCAUCCCUCGGCCCCCUCUCCCGUGCCCCCUUCCUCCCCUGGUUCUGCCAUGGACAAGCAGUCAGCGGGCCAGCAGGCAGCCAAUGGACCGGCGGGGGCAGUGCCCGAGGUAGUGAUGUGUUCGUCACUGGAUGACCUGCCCCCGUAUGCCCACAUGAACGGAGGACGCAAGAAUGAGCGUGCCAUGCCCCUCCCCCAGUCCUCAGCCUGCUGA